GCAAUAUAUAUAUACCAAUACGACACCUUCCCUUAUGUUCCACUCUUCCUUUUUCUUAUUUUGUGUUCCAAAGCCAAACUUUCUUUGUCUAAUUAAUCGAAUCUUCACCUUAUAAGCUAAAUGGUAAUUAAGAUCCCUUGUACGUUCAUUAAACUGAUCAUUCCCUUCUUCAUCUCCUUAAUCCUCUGUCUCCUCGCAGCGGCAACGUUCUCUAAUCCUUAUUCCGUUUUAGCCGAAGAAGCUACCAAUGGAGAAGACCAAGAGUUCUACAUUCUUGAUGAAAGUCCUACAAUACUUUCGAAUGAAACAAUAUCAUCCAAAACCCGACUACUAGUUAGCCACUACAAGAAGAUCAGAAAAGGGAUGAGAUGUCAUGUGGCAGGAGGCUAUAACGUUUGCAACGGCGUAAAGGCUGACAAGGGGACGAGUUUGUUGUAUUGUUGCAAGAAGCAUUGUCGAAAUAUUUUAGGUGAUAUGGAUAAUUGUGGACGGUGCGGUCACAAAUGUAGAUUUGGACAAAGAUGUUGCGGAGGCAUAUGCACCAAUGUUGGCUUUAACCCUAAGCAUUGUGGUAAAUGCAACAAAAAGUGUAAAUCCGGGGUGAAAUGUGAGUAUGGAUAUUGUGGCUACGCUUGAUUUUUUAAUAUGAAACUACUGGAGGGUUAAUGGGUAAUUUUAAAAGGUUGUGUAUUUCUAAAAGCUUCAUAAGUAGAGAUCGUAUAUAUACUUAAAUGGAUACGUUUUAUCAAUAGACAAUAGAUUUCUCUACGCAUACGUGCACCAUGAUUUUAUCUGUGAUAUAUAUAAAAUUAUUUUCUAUAAUUAGGU